AUGGCUGCGGCCACUUCUGAGGGGGACUUGGAGGAGCUGGUGGACCCCGGUUUGGGCAUGGAAGAGGAGUCCGGGGGCCUCAAGAGGGGCUCGCUGAGGGGAAGCUACCACAGUGACUCCUUGCUGGCACCUGAUGGCGACUCAUUGACAGAUGGUCGCAGCUCAGCAGCCAGCAACUUGGACGUGGCCGACCGACUCACCUACCUGGAGCAAAGGAUGCAGAUGCAGGAGGAUGAAAUCCAGCUGCUUAAGAUGACCCUGGCUGACGUGCUCAAGAGGCUCAACAUCUCCGAGGAGCACCGGGCUGCCAGCGCCCCCACGUCUGGAAGGAGGACGUCAGGUACUAAAGGGAGACCCGUCUCAAUGGGCCUGCCCCCAAGAGCACCCUUGGGAACCUCGGGAGUCACCAGCUUGAGGAAGAGCUCCACGCUACCAUCUGGAGCAACCUGCAGGAACUACAGCCCGACACCCCCUCGCUGUGGUGUCAGGAGUCCAGCAGGCAGCGUGAAGGACAGUCCAUGUAAAACCCCCAAAACGCGUCCGUCCUCAUCCGCAUCAUCCUGCACCAGCACACAAGAAGGCACCAGAUCCAAGGAGGUUCCAGUGAGUUUAGGCAUGAGGAGAGUUACACACAGCAAAGUGACUAUGCAGAUCUAUCUGAGCCCCCUCAUAAGAAAGACUGGGUCUUCUGAGAUGAAUGCAACAUCUACCCCCACGGUACCUGUGGGAGGCAGUGGACCGUCGGGAACCCAGCAGGCAAGAGGCACACCCAAUUUAGAUGCGAGGAGGAAAGACCCAUCCUACAUGUUGAACCUCCAGAAGACCACCACCGACGUCGCAAGUCAGAAGAACCCACAGCAGGAUGCUAACAGCUCCAAAAACCCCCAAAAGUCCCCGAGUCAGUACUUUCAGAUUUGUUACUGA